CAAACAGCGAUGGGAAGUUCUACCCAUCGCUGUUCAAGCCUUGGUGCAAAAUUAACACAAGGCAGAACGACCUUGCCCAGCGAUGGGAAACCUGUCCCAUCGAUGGGAACCCAGCGAUGGUAAGGGUAUACCAUCGAUGGGAAGGCAUGACCGUUGGUGGUCAUUAAAGGUUGAUUCUUUCCUUGUUUGGAAGUCAACCUCCCACCCAGCGAUGGGAAGCUUGUACCCAUCGAUGGGUAGGCGACCGUUGACUUCAAAACUGAAGGAAAAUUGGCUUACCAGCGAUGGUUGAGUCUAAACAUCGAUGGGAAGCCAAUAUUCUGCAGAUCCCAAAUUUUUUCAAUCCCAUAAAUCAAGCUAAUCACCCCUUUAAUGUAUUGGUCCGUUGGAGCCUAAUUUUGCACUAUAAAAAGGGGUGUUNAACCACCCACCCAGCGAUGGGAAGAUCUUCCCAUCGAUGGGUAAGCGGUCCCUUAGCCAAACAAAUUUCCAGAACCAUGCCAAACAGCGAUGGGAAGUUCUACCCAUCGCUGUUCAAGCCUUGGUGCAAAAUUAACACAAGGCAGAACGACCUUGCCCAACGAUGGGAAACCUGUCCCAUCGAUGGGAACCCAGCGAUGAUUGGUCUUCUACACUCUAAGGCGAGCCUAUCCAUCCUGAUUUCCAGCGGCGUUGUUCAAGAUUUGGGAGUCAACGAACUACCUAGGAUGGCGAAGGGCAAGAAGAAGGAGCGUAGACCUCCACCCCCCACCCCCCCGAACAAGAAAGAGUUGCGUAACUUUCUUCGUGAUAUGGAGGGUGAGUCUGGGGCUGGAGGUGAGACUGUGGAUUGUGUUGAGAAUGUGGAUAAGAUUCCGGUUAUGACUGAGGAGGAUUUCACCCCGUGUUCCAACACUGGUGAUGUGACUGUGGAAGAAGACGAUGACUCUGAAUCUCAGACUCCUUCUCUGGAUGAGGAAAGGUUUGAGCAAGAACUGCAGAAGGAUAAGCCUGGCACUAGCAAUGGAGAUACUCCAGUAGUUAAACCAGUAGCUAUUCCUGAAGCUCCUGAAACUGUUGAACCUAUUGGGAAGGAAAGCUGUGAGAAUGAAACUGGAGACAAUGAUGGCAAUGCACCUGGUAACAAAGUGGAUACACCUGCUGAGAAGAAAAGCUUUGCUUCACUCUUUGAAAAGAACAGGUCUGAGGAUAAUGGUAUGAAACUCCACCAGGUGGAAAUGACUGAGGAUGAGGAGGUGUUUAUCCAACCUGAGGAUGUGACCCCAAUGGAGGAAUUAUGGGGACCUUGCUUGGUUGGCUGUUUUACUGGCAGGUUCCCUGGGCUGGCACCCAUUCAAACAUUGGUGGAGUCCUGGAAAGUACCUUGCCAAUUCCUCCCUCAUCAUAAGGGCUGGGUGGUCUUCAAGUUCCUGAACAAUGAAGACAGAGACUCAGUCUUGCAUAGGGAUGACCACAGAAUCAACAACAAGAAGCUUUUACUCAACAUCCCACAGCUUGUCAAAGAUUGCCUAGGCUUGUCAAAGAUUGCCUCAAAACUUGGAAGACCACUCUUCACAGAUGGUCUGACUAACAAGGUUGCCUCCAAACUUACUGUGGAGAAGGACCCAGAGGACAAUCUGGCCUACAAGAAACCCAAUUUCUGUAGAGUCCUCAUUCAUAUGGACCUCUCCAAACCUCCCCCUUCUUGUGUGAAGGUCAACUUUGUUGGAGGCAGCUAUUCACAAGUUGUGGAGUAUGAGGAUCUCCCCCUCUACUGUUAUCACUGUGAGAAAUUUGGGCAUACUCCUUUUGACUGUGCUCAGCUUUUUGAAAUGAAAAGGAAGAAGGAACAGGAGGAACAGAGGGACAGGGAGAAGGCCAGAGUGGAAGUCCUGAAAACCACUCUCAGAACAGAUACUAGGGACAAACAGGAUGGCAAACAGGGUGGCAAACAGGGGCAGGACAAAAAUCAUGGCAAACAAAAGGAGGGAUUGGAGCAUACUGUUGCUCAGAAAGCCCCUGUUAACCCUGAUGAACCCUCACCUUCUUUCACUAGGAAGGAUGACAAUGAUGGAUUCACAUUGUUUAGACUCAAUAAUGAUCUUCUUGAUGCUAAGGCUACUAGUAUGCAAUUCACUUGGAACAGAGGGAGCAAGUGGGCUAAGCUUGACAGGGUCUUAGUUAACUGUGAAUGGGACCUCCUUCAUUGGGACUGCUGGGCUGACUUUAAACCCAUGGAGUUCCAAUCUGAUCACUGCCCUGUGGUCUUGAACCUCAUUCACAACACUAACCUGGGACCAAAACCCUUCAAGUUUUUUAAUAUGUGGAUGCAACAUGAACUUUUUGACAGUGUGGUUAGACAGACUUGGGAUACUAGAAUCACUGGUACUAGACAAUUCAGAUUAUGCAGAAAACUCAAAUUGUUGAAACACCCUCUGAAACAGCUCAAUAAGAAGGAGUUUGGUCACAUUUCUACCAGAGCUGAGAAUGCAAGGAGUAGCUACACAGAAAUGAUGACCAGGCUUAUGACUGAUCCACAAAACUCAGCCCUCAUUGAACAAGCUGCCAGCCUUAGGAAAGAGGCAACCUUUUACAGUGAUGCUGAGAGAUCCUUUUUCUUACAGAAGGUGAAAUGCACUUUUAUCAAUGAGGGUGACAAAUGCACCAAGUUCUUCCAUGCUAUGAUGAAGAAACAGAAGGUGCUGAGCUCCAUCCCCUUCAUCAUCACUAGCCAAGGUUCCACCACAACAUCUUCUGAAGCCAUUGUUGAGGAAUUUAUUGGCCACUAUAGCAACAUUUUUGGUAACACUGUGCCCACAUCCCCUAUUGACUGGAAUGUUUUUAGGGAGGGACCCCUUGUGCCACAUCAUGAAAUCCAAAAUUUGAUCAAGCCUGUUGACAUAUCUGAGGUUAAAGAAGCACUGUUCAGCAUUGGGAAUGAGAAAUCACCUGGACCUGAUGGCUACACUGCUGCUUUCUUUAAACAGAAAUUGGAUAUAGUUGGAAAUAGUCUCUUUGAGGCUGUGUCUGAGUUCUUUACUAGUGGAAGACUUCUCAAGCAAAUUAAUCAUGCAACUGUGGUUCUAAUUCCCAAGGGCAGUGACAUUUGGACCUGGAAUCCUUGCAAAAAGGAUUCACACUUCUUCAAGAAGAUUGCUGAGAUUAGGGACUCUCUUUUGCAAAAGUGUGGUGACAGAUUCAUGAUUGAAGACAAUUUGUGUGACAUGGGGGAUAUUAAAGCCACCAAGGUCUAUGAUCUUUUGAGCUGGAUAAUAGGAAUUGUGAGUUCUGCCAUACUGAGGAGGAAACUGCCCAGCACCUCUUCUUCCUUUGUGAGAAUACUGCUCUCAUUUGGGGAGCCAUCAGAAAUUGGCUUCAUAUUGCACCAGCCUUAUCCUCACUUGAGAGAGCCAUUGAAUGGGUUGGAAGACAGAGACACAGUCAUUGUGCUAAGCGGAAAAUGUGGAGACUGGCAAUCUUGUGCACUGUCUACACCAUCUGGAGAAGCAGAAAUGGAUGCUACUUUGACCAUGAAGGAUUCAACACUGAUACUAUCAUUUACAAAAUCAAAGUGGGGGUAUAUAAGGAGAGAUGACACACUCUUCGAAGGGAAAUCACUCCCAUGUGUUGUAGAAGAGAUGCUGCACUCUUUGAAGGGAGAUGGACACACCUAGUCGCAAUGGUAGCUGUCAACCUCUAUUGGGUGGUAUCCGUGCUGAUGGCUGUCUGCUACUUGGGUUCUGACCUGUUCCUUUUGUUUGUGAAAGGGGGUCUUGAUCUUCUGAACCUAGUUGUGAUUAGACAUAUUUCAUGCUGCUGAUGCUAUCCAAUACCUUGCUUGACUCAACUGGA